AUGUUACCAUUUGCUUGGCCAUAUCCACCAGAACAAAAGAAUGGAUACUGGGGGAUCCCCACAUCCACAAUUGACUGGUGUGAGGAAAACUACGUGGUAUCCACUUAUAUCGCUGAAGCUAUAAACACAACCACCAAUGCAUUCUUUAUGUGUUUGGCCGUAUUUGCCAUCUAUCAAGCAUUUCAUAACCAUCUUGAAAAAAGAUUUAUGUGGACAAGUGCCGGGUUUUUCCUCGUUGGAUUGGGAUCCUGGUUAUUCCACAUGACUUUAAAGUAUCAUUUCCAAUUGUUGGAUGAGUUACCCAUGAUUUAUACCACUUGUAUCCCACUUUGGUCGAUUUUCAGUGAAUUCAAAACCAAAAGACAAUCCUUUUUCGUAGGGUUGAGCAUCUUUGUUUCCGCUGCUACUUUAACCAUUAUCUAUCUACAAAUUCGCAAUCCAACAAUACAUCAAACUGCUUAUGGUGCCAUGAAUGUUCUUGGAAUUUUCAAGUCAACUAGUUUGUGCUCCAAAUAUGUCCAUGACCCAAAAGUUAAACGACAAAUGAAUAUGAUGGCUGUUUUAGGGAUUGGAUUGUUUUUUUUCGGAUAUAUCUUGUGGAACAUGGAUAUCCAUUUAUGCGAUCAAGUUAGAUCAACCAGAAGAGACUGGGGCAUGCCUUAUGGGUUUGUAUUGGAAGGACAUGGUUGGUGGCAUAUUUUCACUGGAAGCGGUGUUUACUAUUGCUUGAUUUAUGAAGAAUACUUGAGAUGUUUCUUAACCGGUACUGAAAAGUAUUUUACCCUUAGUUGGAUUUUGGGUUGGCCAGUGGUUACAUGUAUUGAUCCUGAAGGGUUACGCAAAUACCAAGCGAUAAAAACAUUAGCAGAACAUGAUGAUCGCGUGAAGCAACAAGAAUUAAAACUAAAGCAACAGUAA